GGCCGCUUGUACGUGACGCAAAGCCGCCUCGCGUUUGUUUCUCUUUUCAACGAAGCAACUUUGUUUGGUCAAGAAACAGUUUUAUUAUUUGACUUCUUGAAUGUUGCUGCAAUCAAGAAGAGGACAAACGCCAUUUUCUUCGACAACAGCAUCGAGUUUGAGUUGGAGAAUGGAGAGAGGCAUUUCUUUGCCACUUUUAUCAACAGAGACAAAGCGUACGACUUCAUAGUGGCGCUGUGGGAAAUCUACAAGAAGAUAGCGAAGCACGGUUUGAGCUCAAAGGCCCCAACUGCAAUUUGUGAGGAAGCAGCAAAGACGGAAAAGAGGAGGGAGAGGAAGCUGAACAUGCAGGAG